GAGAAUUCUAUAAGAUUUCUCGAAAUAUGUCGGAAGAUCCGAAAGAAAAAGAGAAGACGGAGAAUAUGAAAAUAAAGGCGGAUCCGGGUGCGAGCAGAUAUGGGAACUUUAUGAAUUACUACCAAUUUCAUAGUGCGGAAGAACGCGUACGGCAACUUCCGCGAGACGUCUGGCAGUCUGUUCGUUCGGACCGGAAAUAUGUGGGGUUAGACAUUGGCUGUAACGCAGGGGAACUGACGUACAAGCUAUACGAUUUUUUCAAUGUUAAUUUAACGAAUUGCGAAGAAGAAAGACCUGACAUCUUUCUGCUGGGUAUAGAUCUCGAUCCGAUCCUCAUCGAGAGAUCGCAGCAAAGUAAUCCUCGUCCAGAUCGAAUUACCUUCGAGUACGGUGAAUUUCUUUCUUCCGAGUGCGACCCGACCAUCUCGAGGUAUCUCAGGAAACUUGGAAGAACCCACUUCGACGUUGUCUUUUGUUUCUCCAUCUCUAUGUGGAUCCACCUAAAUCACGGAGACGAGGGAUUAGUCAAUUUCUUUCGCAAAGCUUGCUCUAUCUGCGACACGAUCGUUGUCGAGCCACAACCUUGGAAGUGUUACAGAAAUGCUUCGAGGAGACUGCGAUUAGCCAACUUGGAAGACUUCCCUCUGAUAAAGAAAUUGGAACGCAAGGGUGACAUGUCGGAACAAAUAGAACUAAUCUUGACCAAUCUAUGCAAUUUUCGAAAAGUUAUCGUUACUUUCAGCAACGAUUGGCAAAGGAAAAUCAUGAUUUUCGCGAAAAAUAACGAUCAUCGAUCCCAUUAAUUAUCUUUCAUGUAUAACUGUAACUCAUUUUUGUAUGCAUUUUUAUAAAUAAAACAAAAGAAGUAAAAAUUCGAAUACAAGAUGAUCCUAUAAAUAAAA